GGGGUGUAGAGCCGAGAACGAAAGCUUGCGGGCACAACACAUAAAACGCUUUCGUACAACCUUAGUGCGCUGAUGUACAUAAACGUUCGUUUAGAGAAAGCUACUGCGACAGCAGUUAACAGCUCCAAAGUGGGUUGGCUAUGUCCGCCCAUCUGCCCUUUCCAUUACGACGGCACGACUACCCCUUGUCUGUGGCCUCAUCCAUCGCUAUGGUGUCUUGCUCGACGAGACGAGCAUGGCGUCCACGAUGGCGGUGCUGCCAUCCUCGGCAUACCGCGGCCCAGCGCCGCAAUAUUCGGAGCCCCAAGAAGUGGGCGUCUACUCGCUGGUCGGUGCUGGGGGCUCGUACGCCUCCGGAAACGUGCACGGAAAGUACCUGCGCAUGCCGCCGAGAACGAGCGGCCUCAACUGGGACCUGGACGCGGGAUUUGUCGACGUUGUACGCUAUGUCAGAGAUGAAACACCCACUAUGGACACCCUGCUCCGCUGGAUCCUCGAGAACAAGAGGGAAUUUUCCAGAGCCGUCGAAGCCGCUCACCGAGACGUUCGUUCACCACUGGCCGGAUGCGUGCCGUUCGUGUGCCGCCGAGGCACCCUCCACAGCGUGUUGUGCACGCCGUACGACAGACCGAACGACUGGCUCGUCGGCGCCACCCAGCAUCGAGGAGUGGUGUACUUGCGUGCGUUCGACACAGAAGCCUGGAAGGAGCAGUUUAAGAGGCGGACGAGCGACCACAGUGCCGACCAUUUCACUUACUGGGGCUACAAAUUCGAGCAGUACAUGACCAGCGGUGAGAAAAAAGUACAGCCUAUUUCAUACAGGUUCGCAAUGUAGGCGUAAUUGAUUCAUAUUAACUCGAAAAAUGACAGGAGACUUGUGUGUCCCAGUAUAAUCCCAACCCAAUUUCCAGGGAAACUGGUUCUUUCCAGCAGUUGCAAUUGAAGUGCCCAGUAAUCAAAUGACACACUCUAAAACGUUGUCCCUAUACGACUAGUACGUUUAAAACCUUGCCUGCAUAUAACACCUUGGGGCCCUUGUUAAAAUGUCCCUGAGACGGUUUGGACAAAUUGCGUAGACGCGUAGGGUACAGCUACAGUAAACCAUUCGCGUCACAAUUUAGGUGAAGUAUCUCAUGUUAGGAGAGCUACAUACGAUUACAAGUUUCCCUCCUCUCUAGCUGUGCUUUUUCUCCUCAGCUCGUUCGCAGAGUGAUCGAUGCCAAGCUUCGCCUCGUGUCGUGUCAUCUACUGCCGGUUGCCUUUGAGCCAGCGAGCGAAGGCUCUCAAACCUCUCCGCUAGCAGCCUGGCCC